UGCCCGAAUGUCCGUGAAGUCUCGGAGGAAUGGAGUUACCCUCGUUGUUUUGGGAAUUUCACACGGAUUACCGUACUAUUUUUAUCGUGUGUGGGUGAAUCGGGUGUCUUAGUUGCCUUUGAUACUAUUUUUGAUAUUUUCGUAUUCUCCGAGCAGCUUGCUGGGCGAGAUAUCUGCUUGAAAGAAGAACGGAGGAACGUGAGAUAUCCGUGGAAGGAUGAACGACAUGGAAGCUUACGGGGACGGAUACAUGGAGCCGGAAGAGGAGUGGGAAAGGGAAGGUCUAUUGGACCCGGCUUGGGAGAAACAACAGAAAAAGACAUUCACAGCAUGGUGUAAUUCGCAUCUUCGUAAAGCAGGGACUGCCAUCGAAUCGAUCGAGGAAGACUUUAGAAACGGUCUGAAGCUGAUGUUGCUGCUCGAGGUGAUUUCAGGCGAGACGCUACCAAGACCGGACAGGGGCAAAAUGAGAUUCCACAAGAUCGCGAACGUGAAUAAAGCUCUCGAUUAUAUAGCCAGUAAAGGCGUGAAACUGGUAUCUAUUGGGGCAGAAGAAAUCGUGGACGGAAAUUUGAAGAUGACAUUGGGUAUGAUCUGGACGAUCAUUUUGAGAUUCGCCAUCCAAGACAUCUCCGUUGAAGAGAUGACCGCGAAAGAAGGUCUUCUACUCUGGUGUCAACGUAAAACUGCACCGUACAAGAAUGUCAAUGUACAGAACUUUCAUCUGUCGUUCAAGGAUGGCUUGGCGUUUUGCGCUCUUAUUCACCGCCAUCGUCCCGACCUUAUCGAUUACAAUAAACUAAGCAAGGAUAAUCCUUUAGAGAAUUUGAACACUGCCUUUGAUGUUGCUGAGAAGUAUCUCGACAUUCCUCGUAUGUUAGAUCCUGACGAUUUGAUCAACACACCCAAGCCAGAUGAGCGUGCAAUCAUGACGUACGUGUCCUGCUACUACCACGCGUUCCAAGGUGCUCAGCAGGCAGAAACAGCCGCGAAUAGAAUUUGCAAGGUUCUGAAAGUGAACCAAGAGAACGAGAGGCUGAUGGAAGAGUACGAGCGCUUGGCGUCUGAUUUAUUGGAGUGGAUACGAAGAACAAUGCCCUGGCUGGCUAGCCGUCAGACCGAUAAUUCCCUUGCCGGGUGUCAAAAGAAACUUGAAGAGUAUAGAACGUAUCGCCGCAAGCACAAGCCUCCGCGGGUCGAACAGAAAGCCAAACUCGAAACGAAUUUCAACACUUUGCAAACAAAGUUAAGACUGAGCAAUCGGCCUGCCUACAUGCCAACAGAGGGAAAAAUGGUCUCCGACAUUAAUAAAGCAUGGAAAGGUCUGGAAUUGGCUGAGAAAUCGUUCGAAGAAUGGCUUUUGUCGGAAAUGAUGCGUCUCGAGCGUCUCGAGCAUCUGGCUCAGAAAUUCAAGCACAAAGCUGACGCUCACGAGGAAUGGACAGCAGGAAAGGAAGAGAUGCUCACGUCGCAGCACUUCCGACAAUGUAAACUCAACGAGCUGAAGGCUUUGAAGAAAAAACACGAGGCUUUCGAGUCCGAUCUUGCGGCUCAUCAAGACCGUGUAGAACAGAUAGCUGCUAUCGCUCAAGAGCUCAAUACUUUGGAAUAUCACGAUAGCGCGUCCGUUAAUGCCAGAUGUCAACGAAUUUGCGAUCAGUGGGAUCGUUUAGGUACACUGACUCAACGCAGACGUCAGGCAUUGGACGAAGCGGAGCGUAUUCUUGAAAAGAUUGAUAUCUUACAUUUGGAAUUCGCCAAACGAGCUGCUCCAUUUAACAAUUGGUUGGAUGGAACCCGGGAGGAUCUAGUUGACAUGUUUAUCGUUCAUACGAUGGAAGAGAUUCAGGGAUUGAUGGAUGCUCAUGCCGCGUUCAAGGCAACUCUCGGAGAAGCUGAUAAAGAGUACAACGCGAUCGUAGGAUUAGUACGCGAAGUUGAAUCGAUCGUGAAACAAUUCCAGAUUCCUGGUGGUCUUGAAAAUCCGUACACCACCCUUACUGCAUUGGACCUCACAAAGAAGUGGAGCGAUGUCAGGCAACUCGUGCCACAACGUGAUGGUACACUGCAAGCGGAACUACGCAAACAGCAGAAUAACGAAUUACUUCGUCGACAAUUCGCUGAGAAAGCAAAUGCUGUCGGGCCAUGGAUAGAACGUCAGUUAGACGCAGUUACAGCCAUUGGUCUUGGGCUUCAGGGUACUUUGGAAGAUCAGUUACAUCGUCUGAAGGAAUACGAACAGGCGGUUUAUCAAUACAAAGCUCACCUCGAAGAAUUGGAAAAGAUUCACCAAGCUGUACAGGAGGGCAUGAUAUUCGAGAAUCGAUACACGCAGUAUACAAUGGAAACGUUACGAGUUGGUUGGGAACAACUUUUGACUUCGAUAAAUCGUAAUAUUAACGAAGUAGAAAAUCAGAUCCUUACUAGAGACUCUAAGGGUAUCACGCAAGAACAAUUGAAUGAAUUCCGCAGCAGCUUCAAUCACUUCGACAAGAAUCGUACGGGCAGAUUAGCUCCCGACGAAUUCAAGUCCUGCCUUGUUUCCUUGGGUUAUUCCAUUGGCAAGGACAGGCAGGGUGACAUCGAUUUCCAACGCAUCUUAGCUAUCGUCGAUCCAAACAAUUCUGGUUACGUACACUUUGACGCGUUCCUGGACUUCAUGACUCGCGAAUCAACGGACACCGACACGGCUGAGCAAGUUAUCGACAGCUUCCGUAUAUUAGCUGGAGACAAGCCGUACAUCUUGCCGGAUGAAUUGAGGAGAGAAUUACCACCUGACCAAGCCGAAUACUGUAUCCAACGAAUGCCUCCUUACAAAGGACCGAACGGAAUACCGGGAGCAUUGGAUUAUCGUUCUUUCUCCACCGCUCUGUACGGUGAAUCGGAUCUGUAAAGUUACAUAUCAAAAAUUUCGAAAAUCUCUGGACGAAUUUUAAUGGGGAAAAAAAUCUGAAAUGUUUGCUCUACGUUUUUUUUUGGUACUCUAAACGCAUGUUUACAAAUCGAGAAUAUCAACGCGAAACACACGGCAUCGUUGCUUAGUAUCAAGGAAACACAGUACAACAAUAUUCGGAGCGUUUGGAAGGUAAAGCAAGAAAUAUGCUCUAAUAGUUUAUACGUGUCACGAGUGUUAGCAAUUUUUUAUUCGUGAUAUUGUUUUAACGUGAAGGAACCUGAGAGCCACAUCGAUAUAAACUUUGAUAUACCGGUAUUUCCUAGGACGAUCACCUCCGUUUACCGAUGGUAAAUCGAACUUUUAGAGCUCGAUGAAUAGGUGGUCCGUACUUAAAUAAGUCUGUACAGUGACAAUAAAUAUCUAAUUUAGAUACCUUAACGUUAAAAGAAUAGCACAAACGAAUCCAACUAGUUCUUCUAGAACGUUUGCUUCUUGCCUAUGUCUACGAUGAAUCCUAUAUAAUUAGUAAGUUAACGUUUUAAUUGUAUAUAAACAUCUUCGAGAGGUCACACGAGUACCAAUAAGAAAGAAAAGCAUUUCCUUUUUACGCGAGCGUUUCAGAAAAGGAAAGAACGAAACUGUGCCGAAAACGAAAUAUUACAAUUAAAAUGCGAUCGAACAAUUUAUUAUUGCGUAUUACUCUCGCAUACAUUGAUAUUGUAGCCUUACGUAUCUUGAAAACAAACGUUUUAUUCAAGCUUUUCUAUCAUUUGAAAGGUCAGCCUAUUUAGUUUCUUUUUGAGAAACUUUUCAUUUUGUUCGAUCGGAGUGAUAUUAAUGAACGAUGUUCACUCGAAUAUCAUAUAGAUUUUAGAUACGUUCCUGCUGGUCAGCGCUUUCAUUUUCUUUUCUUUUUCUUUUCAUCUUCUUUACGUUCAUGAAAACAAGAAAACUUAAGUACCGAUUCGUUUGAAACGUAAGGUACAAAUCGAUGUUUGUGAAAACAUGUGAAAAAUUCAUGAUACAUGUGUAAAUUAAGAUUAUUAACGAUACAAAACGAAUUUUUGGACAUCCUUGUAUACGUACGAAUCGACUCUCUCGCUAAGGAUCCAGAAAAUAUUACGCUCGAAAUCGAACGCAACACGUUCAUAUUUUUUAUAAAAAAAAAAAAAAAAGAAAGCGGCGCAACGAAUUUUUAAA